AAAAGAAAAACGAAAAUACUUCGUAUUUGGCAGCCGAAAGCACUUCCCAUGGAUCGAAGCUUGGAUUCCAUUGGCAGCUGUUCGUUAGAUGUUGAUGCGGAUUCAUCCGAUAUAUCAGAUACCAGCGGCAGUCUCAACUUUCCCACACCGCUUUCAGUUAAGGACAUAACACGCGAAUUUACGGCGAAUAUUAAAGAGCGUUGCACUCUGCGCUCGCCGCAACAACAGCAACAACAACAGCAGCUGCAGCAACUCCACCAACAACAACAGCUGCCACUGCCCUUGCAGCUGCAGCGGACAUUCACCACAACCGCCUACGUCAAUCUGGAUCAGCGAACGGGCGGUGUUCGCAUGGUGCUGUCACCGCCUGCCACCAGCGACUUGGUCGAUGUCGAUUCGCAGGAUCAACAGCUGCAGCAACAGCAACAACAACAACAGCACAGCAACAACCUCAUUGCGGAUGCUGCGGAGAAGAAGCCGAGCUAUUUGAAUCUGGCCUGUUGCGUCAAUGGCUACUCAAAUCUAACCACCUACGACUCGAAAAUACGCCAGGACAUCAACAAAUCGCGUGAAGUGUCGCCCAUUCGUCCCUCAACGAGCAGUCUGCAGUAUUGCAAGCGCAACAAUCAGCUGGCAGCGCCGGUCCUGCACACAAUGCCGCUGACCAAGCAGCCGGCCACAACGGCGAUGGCCAGCAAAUACAACGAAACAAACAAUAACGGCAACAGCAGCAGUAAAAAUGGCCAUUUGGAAAACGGAGAUUUGGCCUAUUGCAAUGGCGGCGAGCCGAGCAAAUCGGCGACAGCCACCAGCAGCUUUAUACAGCAGCGCGUGGAGCGGCUGUACGGGCCGGGCGCGUUGGCUCAGGGUUUCUACAGUCCCAAAAAGCAGAGCUCAUCGAGUGCGAAGCAACAGCAGUUGCAUAAACACCAGCUGGAUUCGCCCAGCUCGACGGAGCUGUCACGCAAAUUCAAGCAAUUGUCGCCCAGCAAGGAUUACGGCGAAUUCCGCAAGAAGCUGCAAAGCAAUUGCACACGCUCCCAAUCCGAGCAGCCGGUCAGCAAGACAAACAGCAGCCAGGCUCCAAUGCAGAAUGGCGACACGGAUUUGCCAGUGUUUCGUCAUCUGAGCCACGAGUUUCGUGCCCAGCUGCCGACGGUGUCGCCCAAGCGGACGGUGCCACGUGUCUCGAACGGCACUGAUGAUGAUCAGGUGGAUUACUUGAAGCCGGCGAGCACCGAGGAGUACAUGAGCACCACCAAGAUACGAACCGUUGGCGCUGGCAAGGAUAACGGCGCUGAGGCUCAGCCGAGUCCUGCUGUGAGCGAGGAGAGCAAAACUGUGGUCAAGGAUGGCAAUUACUUCCUGAAGAUACUCAAGGAUGAACAGAUACGUCUGAUAGCGCUGGCCGCCGUUGCCGAGAAGUAUAUAGAUGCCUUGACUAACAAUCCUGAUAUAACGGAGGACACGUUUGGCCUGCUGCGCUCAGCUGCGGGCAAGGCCCGACUGCUGGCCUCACAGAAAAUGAAACAGUUUGAGGGUCUGUGUCACAACAAUUUGAAUCGCUCGCCGGAGGAUGCAUUUCCCACAACUGUCGAUGAUUUACAGGGCUUCUGGGACAUGGUCUAUCUGCAGGUGACGCACGUGGAUAGCAUAUUUGCCGACAUUGAGAAACUGAAGAGCAAUGACUGGCAGCACACGGCUGAGCCCGUUGUGGAGGUAUCGACGGCGCCUGUUAAGAUAACAAAAUUGAACACAAAGACUGGCAAUUCGAAGGCGAAAGGAGCGGGCACGGGAACUGCAGCCGCUCUGGGACCAUCGAGUGCUGUUGCGGCCAUGAAGCGGGAGGCGCAACGUAAACAGUUGCUGGAAAUGAAGCGUUUGCGACGCGAGCAAUUAGCUGCAGCAGCCAAAAGUCAAGCGGCCUGUGAUGAUGGGGCAAACAUUGGUGAUACUGUGAAUAAUACCGUGAAGAACAGCAGCGACCACAGUAGCUGAAUCGUGCUGAACCAAUACAACAACAACAACAACAACUACUACUACAACAAUAGCAACAACAACAUGCUCUCUAGUUACAUCAUAAUACAUAAAAUUAACUCACAUACUCACUCACUUACGCAUACAAGCACACACACACAACAUACUUAGAAAUUCCUAGUUGAAUGAAUCCUUGACUAGUCCCAACUAACUAUAUUUAUAUAUAUGUACACACAUAUAUAUAGAAAUACAUAAAUAAUACAAUUGAUUUGGAUUGUGUCACAAGCAACGACAACAACAUUAUCGGUACCCAUAAAUAUACAAACCUAACAAAUCUAACAAACAAAUCUACAGAAAACACUCUACACAUAUAUAUAUAUAUAUAUAUAUAAAACUUUGUAUAUGUAUUUAUAUAUAUAGAAAGUUAUCAACGAUCGUUAACGGCUCGUCGUGCGUUGUUUAUAAAGUUUGCCUUAUCUACGUGUUUUUUGCUCGUGUUAAAUCAUUUUUGCUGUGCACCGAAAGAAAAAAUAAAAAGAGUGUAAAUUUUUACUCGUGCAACACACUCACAUACACACACAUGCAUAUAUAUAUAUAUAAACAUAAAAGACAUUUAUUUUUGUGUAAUUGUAUUUAGCGAACUAAGUAAGCAAAUGAAAGCAAAUCACAAAAGUGAAAAUUUUAUAAAAUGAAUCUAAAUUUGAUAAACAAUUAUUAUAUUAUUUCUCGGCCGAUUUAGCUGCAUGUAUUUUUGAGAUUAAUUUCACUUUGUUGUAAAUGCUGUAUUGCUAGCAAA